AGAAUGUUCUUUUUUCGAACAUUUUUUCGUUCGUUGCAGCAGCAUUUUGCACGUGUUCAUCAUGAAGUACAGUUGAAAUGUUAUGUGGGGCUGGACGGCGGGAAAUUCGUAGCUGCUAGUGCUGCAUUGCGAUCUUCUACGAGUACUUGUAGUGAGCGUUGAAAGGUUUCUUCACCGAGCUCUGACGAGGACCAAAAGAGCACAGGCCUCGCCAAACCCUUGCGGAUAAGUAACCCAGCUCCACACGAGGCGUAGUCCUCCGCGAAGAGUGUUUGUUCUCUGAGAGGACUAUGCUUUCUAUGCCGACGGAUUUUGAAGUGAGCUCAGCUUCAAACCUUGUCAUGCGUUGUUCCCCUGAGCCAUAGGCUGCGAAUGCAGCGAUCACGAACCGAACUUCAUGGCCAACCAAGUCCUGAGUAAGUUCGUUUAGACUUGUGGCACAAUGACUCAAUCGAUCGUCGUGCAAGUGGGCCAGUGUGGCAACCAAAUUGGUUGUCGUUUCUGGGACCUUGCUCUUCGCGAGCACGCCGCGAGCAAUCCACGUGGGACCUAUGAUACAGCGCUGAGCAGCUUCUUUCGCAACGUAAACCCGAACCGUCGAGUCGGCGGGCCAGCUAGCCUGCCAGUGGGCGAUGGGACGGGGAAGAUUCGGUCUCUCAAGGCGCGAGCAGUGCUGGUCGAUAUGGAGGAGAGCGUAGUGAAUGAGUUGCUGCGCGGCCAACUGGGUGAGGUGUUUGACUGUCGCCAGAAUCUGACGUCGAUCUCCGGCUCUGGAAACAACUGGGCAGUGGGACAUUACAUGUACGGUGAUAUGUACGCCGAUCAGCUGGCCGAGUGCAUCAGACGAGCGGCGGAGGAAUGCGACUGCCUGCAAACGUUCUUCUUGCUUCACUCGAUGGGCGGUGGGACUGGGUCGGGCCUGGGUACGUACGUGCUGGACCACCUACGGGAUACAUAUCCCGAAGUGUAUCGCUUUGCCCUGCCGGUGUAUCCGUCAGUCGACGAUGACGUCAUCACCUCACCGUACAACAGCUUACUGGCCACAAGUCACCUGACGGCACACGCCGAUUGCGUUCUGCCCGUCGAGAACGAGUCUUUGGGUCGUAUCACACAGCUUGUGUCGAAGAACUGCGGUGGGGGCAGUCUGGGCAGCGGCAAGUUGCAAUCCAAGUCGCGAUCGCAGCAGGGUGUACUGUCGUCAGGCGUUAGCUCUAGUCAUGGAAGUGCAGCCGAGGUGAAGUCAAAGCCGUUUGACGACAUGAAUAAUAUCGUGGCAAACCUCAUGCUGAAUCUGACCAGUUCGUCGCGGUUCGAGGGUUCCCUGAACGUGGAUCUAAACGAGAUCACAAUGAAUCUAGUGCCGUACCCACGCAUGCAUUACCUAGUGUCGAGUAUGGCACCGCUGUACUCCCUGCGCGAUGUUGGCAUGGGACCCAGGUCGAUGGACCAGGUGUUCAGCGACGCCCUGUCACGCGACCACCAGCUGAUGCACGCCGAUCCGAAGAACAACGUCUACCUGGCGUGUGCCAUGCUGCUGCGUGGCAAGGUGCAGAUGUCGGACAUUCGCCGCAACAUCGAGCGCAUGCGGCCCAGCCUGUCGUUUGUACACUGGAACGAUGCUGGCUGGAAGACGGGCUUGUGCUCGGUACCGCCGGCCGGCCAAGCUUACUCCUUGCUUUGCCUCGCCAAUAACACGUGUAUUCGGCACACGUUCCGUAACGUCCACCAGCGCUUUCGCAAGCUGUACCAGCGCAGGGCCCAUCUGCACCACUACACAACUGUUGCCGGCAUGGAAGCUGCAGAGUUUGACACUGCGUCCGAGAGCCUGCUAUCAUUGAUUGAUGAGUACGAGCAACUGGACGUGGCGUCACGGCAGCCAGAACACCUCAUACCACCUCUUCAGAUUUCCAAGUAAAUGUACUUUGACUGGAUGUAUUCUGAUAUCUUGAUUAGUCACUGCUCAUCUUGGCAGCCUUCUAUUUCUUUUUCUGAUUGCAAUGGAUGCAGGGGCAUUCACAAGUGCAGUGUAAAUGUAUUGUCAGAUUUUACUACUGAAGUACGUUUGAAUAACAAGAGACUGAUGUUGAUUUAAAGCUGUUGAGUUUCCCUAUGCCAAACCUGAUUUUAUUACUUCAAAGUAUUUGGAAGCGUCCUUCAAAAUUUUCAAAGUAUUUAAAUUAUUUUAUUUUGUAGGAUAGCAUUAUUCACGUUUAGUCUCUUCAGACCAGUUGAACAAGGUUCUUGUUGGACCACACAGCGACCAUUUAUAUUUCUUUUGUGUCAAACUUGAGCUGUUUUAGUUGAUGAAUAUUUUCACUUUGGAGUUACAGCUGUAUGUCAACACAAAUUUUGUUCGUUUCGUGAGCUACAAACUUUUGCG